GCUGAGGUCCAUUGCCAAGGCAACGACGCCAGGAUGAACAUCCGCAAUGCCCGGCCCGACGACCUGAUGAACAUGCAGCACUGCAACCUGCUCUGCCUGCCGGAGAACUACCAGAUGAAGUACUACUUCUACCAUGGCCUGUCGUGGCCCCAGCUCUCCUACAUCGCCGAGGAUGAGGACGGCAAGAUCGUGGGCUAUGUCCUGGCCAAGAUGGAGGAGGACCCCGAUGAUGUUCCCCACGGGCACAUCACCUCGCUGGCCGUCAAGCGCUCACACCGGCGCCUCGGCCUGGCCCAGAAGCUCAUGGACCAGGCCUCACGGGCGAUGAUCGAGAACUUCGGCGCCAAGUACGUGUCCCUGCACGUCAGGAAGAGCAACAGGGCGGCCCUGCACCUGUAUUCUAACACCCUCAACUUCCAGGUCAGUGAGGUGGAACCCAAGUACUAUGCUGAUGGUGAAGAUGCUUACGCCAUGAAGCGGGAUCUCUCUCAGAUGACUGAUGAGCUGAGAAGGCAGCUGGUGCUGAAGAAGAACAGAUAUGUGGUUCUGGGCUCCGAGGAGACCCAGGGCGGCACACUUCCUGAUGCUGGGGAGGCCUGCCUGCCCAAGAACCCCACAAGCAAAGACAGUGGCAGCAGUGACAGCACUGAUGUCCAGGACAGCUCAGAGGACUUGGAUUCCAUCUCCUAGAGCAUUUCCUGAGCAUCGCUGGCCUUCAUGUCUCAGCCACACCUAUUGUGUGAAACCUGACUUAACCGGUACACUCUGAAGUAUCUUCUCUGCUGCUCUGGGGUUAUCUCCCAGUGACUCUCCAGAAACUGUAAAGCUCUCCAGAAACGUUAAAGCUACUGUGAUCAUGAAGGAACACCUCAGCGCAAGAGCCAAGGAAGCUUGAGGCCUGCUGUGACAAAACAUCCCUGGCGUUCUCUCACUGUGCUGCCAUUGGACUGUUUGCCGUGGUCCUGUGUUGGCUUGUAGAUACAUUGCACAGUUGUCUCUUAGAAACCACAAACAGGAAGCAGGGACAACUCUGGAGGUUUCAGCUUGUGGGUUUUGCCAUUAUUUGUCUGGGUUUCCAUCACUAAGGGGAUAGUUGGGGCCAUCAAGUUAGACCUUAGGCCCCUUUCCUCUUCUAGUGCAAUUUACCUGUUUCCUCUUGCUUUCUGUGCAACUCCAUGUGUCCUAUCCUCUAUGAUUCAAGGGGCAUUUUUCCCCUUUUCAGUGGGAAAACGUGAUAAAGAAGGGCUCUACUACACCAUACAAGCAGAAUGUAUAAACUUUAAGAAAAGAGCGAGCAGCAAUUAUAUUAACGCUCAUCUGCUUGUACAUGUCAGUUGCUUUUUGCUUUUUGUGUUUGUUUUCUUCUGUCAUGACGUCACUUGCCAUUUACUGAGGAUCUCAGUGUUCGCAUGCAGUGCCAUGGCAUUCACUAACAUGUAGCCCUGUGAGGUGGUGGACAUUAUUAUCUCUGUUUUACAGAUAAGAAAUUUUGGAAGCAGUGCAGGAAAUGAUUACUCGGGAUCUCAACCCAACCCUGCGGAAAAUCAAAGCCAGUUUCUUCUUUGCUCCUGUUUGAACUCAAAAUGUAUUUGCAAAGCGAUGUUAAAGUGUCAAAUGGCAAAAAGGAGACUCUGCUCUUUAAAGAUGUUCAGUAUUGACUUAAUAUAUGACAGCCAACCACAUGUCAAUUGUAAAUAUUUAUGUAACUUUUGAUUGUAAUCCCUGGUGAGUGUCUCAGUAAAAGUAAGUGUAGGCAAAGGGCUUUGACUUCCCCAGAAAAGUCACAGAUAUAUGGACUUAGAACAAGGUAAUGUUUUUAUAUUCUCCGAACAUUAAUUACCAAAAUGUCCAACAUGUUCAUGUUUACAUUUUUAUGAAAACUGGAGUAUAUGGAUUUCAAUCUAAGCCCUGACAUUAAGCAGCUGAUGACCAGAGAUGAGUGUGUUCUGUAAUCCAUCAUCAGCCCUGCUAAGUACUUCUUACAAAUCGGCCCCAGUGUGUGGAGAACGCCUGGCUAAGGGUAAAGGCUUGCCUGAGGCACACAUAUAACUUUCUUUUUUCUCCGUAGAAGGAUUUGCCAUUUUGUGUGGCAACCUAGUCCUCGGUCUUUCCAAUUUCCUUUUUUUUUUCUUUACAAUUUUCUCCCUUAUCUCUGAAAUGGUUUUAUUCUUUCCCCACAAGCAUAUGAUUAUCUCUUUAUUUUUAAAUAUUACAGCUUUCUAACAUCUGUCUCCAGGGCAGCAUAAUCUUACUGAUAAAAUAUUCCGUGUUUUCCUUGAGCCCUUGUCAAUAUGUCUUUGUGGUAACAGCCCAGCAGAUGGAGAAACAGGAGGAGCCUCAGCUUACCUGAGUGAUUUCUCCAGGCCAGCACCAAGCACACCGAGUCUCUAGUAAGCUGAUCUUAAUCAUCGAAGCAAUUGGGAAAUCAGAAAGGCUUCCGGGUGUUUGCAGUGCCCCUGAACAAAGCCACCAGUGCUUUGCAUUGUCACCAGGAGACAUCAGAAAUUGAGCAACGCAGCAGCCUACCGAGUUUGGGUUACAACUGUUUAGAUAAUAAAAGUAAACAAUGUUCUAACAUUGUUUAGGGCUUAAGUUAAGCAAGUUCCCAGACGAUUCCAGGGAUGCGCUGCUGAUGGCAGAGAAGCAGCCGCCUUCCUAUUCCUGGGGGCCUCGGACGCUGCGUUCAUAACAACACUGUUCUUUUCACACAGCCAAUUAUGAUUCUUUCUCUGAACAGACUGCUUGCUUUUUUCCUUGAGCCUGGUCCUAGAGAGACCCAAGCAAGGAUGUAGAAUAAUAGUUCAUGGUAUGAGUGUAGUGCUGGCUGUAGAGUGACUCACGCCCCUUCUGAAUUGUGGCUUUACAGAAACUCGAGUGAACCCUGUUUUGUCAACAAAUUGUUCAAAGCUCUUAGUCACCAGGACAUAAAGUCUUGUGUAGUUGGGUUAUCAACUCGUGAAUGAAGCCUGUGGCUUACAUAGCUAAAAAUCUGUUCUUCCCUUGGAGAUAAGAGCAAUAAGAAAGAGAUGAUAUGAAAUCAAAUAAUGGAAUAUGGGAGUGAGGGAGACACACAGAGUAGUGCUGGAAAUUAAGCCAAAACUGGUAAGCUUUAAAAGGAUCAAGAAAUAAAGUACUUUUUCUCAUUAGUUCUAUGUAAUGCUGAUACUGACUAGUAAUGGUCAUGAACAUCAACUUCUAACCCGUCUAAGACACUUGUUAGAUUACUUUAAAUUAGACCCUAAGUAAUUUAGGAUCUCAUUCACUCACAGAAAUGCUAUUUGUGACACUGUGUCAAGAGAUUGGUGACCAAGUCAUUUCAAUAGAAAGUUUCAGACAUAUCAAAAUACAUACAAUAAAAAUGUUU